AUGAGCGAACAAAUGGCACGGUUGCAGGGCUGCACUGUACUCGUCAUCGACGACAGUGAGAAGCUGGCGAGCAAGUACGACCACAAGGUGACCGUCGUGUGCAGCUACGAUCCACAGGGUAUGACGCUGCAGCUGCUGAAAGAGGGCGCUGGACCGGCCAAGCAGCUGGAAGAGUAUCUGGUGAGCGGGUCCGGCACGACGCAUCUAAGCCGGGGCCCCACGUCCCACCUGCUGGUCGUCGGGGGUGAGGUGGUCCUGUUCCGGUUUGCCUCUCGUGCCGAUUGCCAGCAGUUCCGGGCGCUGCUGCACAAGCUGUCUGGCAAGGUGAACUCAGUAUUUAACCUCCGCACGGAGGACUCGUCGGCGUCGCAGUAUUUCCAGUUCUAUGGCUACCUCUCGCAGCAGCAGAACAUGAUGCAGGACUUUGUGCGGACAAGCACGUACCAACGGGCGAUCUACAACAAUGCGCAGGAUUUCCAGCACAAAGUCGUCCUGGAUGUUGGCGCUGGGUCCGGUAUAUUGUCCUUCUUCGCCGUCCAGGCCGGUGCCGCGAAGGUUUACGCGGUGGAGGCUAGCAAUAUGGCUCAAUACGCACAGCAGCUGGUAAGCUCGAACAACCUCACCGACCGGAUAGUCGUGAUCGCGGGCAAAAUCGAGGAGAUCGAGCUUCCGGAGCGCGUCGACGUAAUCAUCUCUGAGCCGAUGGGGUACAUGCUGUACAACGAGCGCAUGCUCGAGACGUACUUGCACGGCAAGAAGUGGCUCAAACCGGACGGGAAGAUGUACCCCUCGCGUGGCGACCUGCACGUCGCUCCGUUUACCGACGAGGCGCUCUACAUGGAGCAAUACAACAAAGCCAACUUCUGGAUGCAGACGGAGUUCCACGGUGUUAACUUGGUGGCCCUGCGAGACGCCGCGAUGAAGGAAUACUUCCGGCAGCCGAUCGUCGAUACGUUCGAUAUCCGCAUCUGCAUGGCCAAGUCGAUCCGGCACACGAGCAACUUUCUGUCGGCGGAUGAGAAGGACCUGCACCGGAUCCAGAUCGAUGUCGAGUUCCACAUGCUUGAAACGGGCACCUGCCACGGGUUGGCGUUCUGGUUCGAUGUUGAGUUCGCCGGUUCGUGUUCGCAGAUCUGGCUGUCUACGUCACCGACGGAACCGCUCACGCACUGGUACCAGGUGCGUUGUUUGCUGCAAACGCCCAUCUUCGUGAAGCAAGGACAGGUCCUCUCGGGGAAGGUGGUACUGGCGGCCAACCAGCGGCAGAGCUACGACGUCGAGAUCGAUCUGAAGCUCGAAGGUACCAUGAUCACGUCCACGAACACGCUCGAUCUGAAGAAUCCGUACUUCCGGUACACGGGCGCCCCGGUGCCCGCACCUCCCGGUUCCAACACGACCUCACCGAGCGAAACCUACUGGAGCCAGCUGGACGCGCAAGGUGCCCGUAACGCGGUCAAUCUUGUCAACGGUAUCACGGUGAACGGGCUCGGCGAGGUAGACAUGUCGUCGACGAUCAUCAACACUAACCUGAUGGCGAUCGGGGCGAACGGUGGCGGCAACCAACCCAACAUACACCCCGGACUUAUCUCGAGCACGGGCAGGCAACAGCAGGCAGCUAACGCUUUGGUCGGACAGCAACAACAGCAGUCACAGUCGCAGCAGCAGCAACAAUCGACGACCGCUCAGCAGCUUGCCAUGACACCGCCGAUCGGAUGCGCGGCUACGUCAACGCAAAACGUGGCCCAGCAUCAACUGAUCGGUGGGGCAAUUUCGCCGUCACUGUUCACCUCCCCGGCACAGCCCAUCCUCAACAGCCACCAUCAUCAUCCGGGCCAGCCCAUCCACGGCAAUCAAUUCUACUAG